GAAGUACCGGCGGAAGUACCGGCGGAAGCACCGGCGGAAGCGGAGGGAGGCGGCGGCGGCGGCGGCGAUGGCUCUGCCCGGUGCCCCCGCCCCGGCCCCGGCCGCCGCCGCGGCCCCGCCGCCGCCGCCCACCGUGUUAAUGACGGUGCGAGCGGGGCUGGCGCGACCCUCCCGCCUCCCGCCGCUGCCCGCCGCUGCCGCUCUCCGCCUGCAGCUCAGUGUCGAACCGGCGGCCGGUGGGCAACGUCGCUUCCGCCUCGGUCUGCGGUACCCGGAGGCGGCCGGCAGCGCGAAUGUCGCUGAUUACGACCUCAAGGACAUCUCGUACAAGGUGAGGAGCCCCACGUGCCACGAGCUGGUGGUCCUCGCCUCCUCGGACGAGCCCAUGGUGUUUAACUUCGAGGAGGAGCGGGAGGCGCAGAAGUGGUGGACGAUCGUGAGCAGCUCCCUGCGGGAGGUGCAGAAAGCCUCGGACAGCAUGCUGGCGUCCCAGGCCUCGUCCCUGCCCGCGGCUGCCGGGGGCGUCUCUGCCGACCAGGAUCCGGAGACAGCUCUGUCCUUGGAGCUUUCUGAGAAAGAGGACCUGGCACUGCACCUCGCCCAGGCAAUCGAGUACGGAGACGAGGAGAUGGCCUCGCAGUGCGCCGUGGCCCUGGCUCGCCAGCAAGCCACGCUCAGUAUCCUCCUGAAGGAGUCCAACUACCCCACGGACGAUAUCAGCAUGAAGGUCGGCGUGGAGGAUGCGACGUCUUCCGCAAGCAUCACCAUCAGGGUCCGCGCUCACACUACAAUAGCGAUGCUCAAGCAACAGGUCUUCCAGGAUUACGGGUUCCACCCCUUGGUUCAGCGCUGGAUCAUCGGGCAGUGCCUGUGCGUGGACGAAAGGACCGUUUCCUCCUACGGCAUCCACAGGGACGGCGACACCGCGUACCUCUACCUGCUCUCGGCGAAGAUGGCCGAGCUCACCGAGCAGCGCUACGAGGAGGACCAGGCACAGGUCAUGCUCAGCUCCACCUCCUCGCUGACCGACGCUGCCGGGGAACGGCACAAAUACAACACCCUGCCCAACAUGUCUCCGAAGAAAGGCUGGGGGAAUGAGACCAGCAGGAAGAUGGACAUCGGUGAGAUCAGCCAGCACCUGGACACGCUGCAGAUCGGCGACCUUUUCAGUGCCCAGGCAAAGCCUGCUGCCACGAGUCUGCCCUCGCCGGUGCAGGCGGGCUGGUCGUGUCCAAAAUGCACCUUCAUCAACAAGCCGACGCGGCCGGGCUGCGAGAUGUGCAGCACGGACCGUCCCGACGACUACGUGGUCCCCGGCAGCUACAAGCCGGAUGAGACAGAGCUGUGGAGGAUGCAGCAGGAGCAGGAGGGGAUCCUGCAGUACCAGCAGGCGCUGGAGGCCGAGCGGCUGAAGAACUUCCAGCAGCUGCUGCAGCUGGAGGAGGAGGUGCUGGUUCCCAACCGGGAGGUGCUGGAGUGUCGCAUCUGCUACCAGCAGGUCGCCCCGGGCGAGGGGGUGCUGCUGCGCGAGUGUCUGCACAACUUCUGCAGGGAGUGCCUGCGCCAGGUGAUCAACUACAGCGAGGAGCCGGAGGUGGCCUGUCCCUUCCGCGACGACUCCUACGCCUGUGGCAGCCACCUCCAGGAGCGGGAGAUCCGGGCGCUGGUGUCGCCGGAGGAAUACCGGCGCUUCCUGGAGAGGAGCCUGGUGCUGGCCGAGCGGCGCAGCCAGAACAGCUUCCACUGCAAGACCACCGACUGCCGGGGAUGGUGCAUCUACGAGGAUUCGGUGAACGAGUUCCGCUGCCCCAUCUGCCAGGCGCUCAACUGCCUGCUCUGCAAGGCCAUCCACGAAGGGAAGAACUGCCGCCAGUACCAGGACGACCUCCGGGUCCAGGCGCAGAACGACGCGGCCGCCCGGCAGACCAACGACAUGCUGCAGACCCUGGUGCAGAUCGGGGAGGCCAUGCACUGCCCCACCUGCCUCAUCAUCGUCCAGAAGAAGGACGGCUGCGACUGGAUCCGCUGCACCGUCUGCCAGACGGAGAUCUGCUGGGUGACCAAGGGGCCGCGCUGGGGGCCCGGGGGUCCCGGGGACACCAGCGGUGGAUGUCGCUGCAACGUCAACGGCCAGAGGUGCCACCCCCAGUGCCAAAACUGCCACUGAGCCGCUGCCUGGCCCGGGGACGGGGGGAACGGGGGGACCCACCGGAGGCGGCUGGAGCUGGGAGCCGCUCUCUUCGCGCCGAGGGAGGGCCCGGCCGGGUCAGAGCCGGCACCACGGCCCGAGCGGGGCCAGAGACGCUUGCGGUUGUGGCAAAGAGCCGCGUCCGGCAGCCACGGAAGGAGGGGACGGACACAGAGCGGGGAAGUGCCGCGGGGCCCGGUGGGGAGGGCGCAGGGCCAGGCCCCAGGCGGUGCCGGGAUGCGGGCUGCAGGUUGGGGGGCUCCCCAGAGCCCCUGCCCGCCGCAGAGCCCCCGUGGCAGGACGCGGCACGGCGCGGGGCAUCCCAAUAAAGCUCUCUGUGUGCCAGAGCCUUGUUGCCGGGGGCCAUAAUGCACCCCCGGAGGUGGGGGCGAUGGGUAUCGGCCCUUCAGCGACCCCCGAGGCCGAUGGCUGCAGCCGGCGCGGGGGGAGCCGCGGCACAGGCACCCACCACACCUCCAACAACCGAGAUUUUAUUUCCGUGCCCCCCCCAGCCCCUCCGAGCACAGGUGCCGGCAUCCCCCCGACCGCAGGGAGGGCGGGCGGCAGCACCCGGGGGGUCUGAGGGCGAUGUUAAAUAAGGAGCUGGGGCGGGGGUACGCGCUGCUGGCUGCGCCCCCCCCCGCAGCCCAGGGCUUGUGCGUGGCCCAGGCGGUGCCGCCGGGGUGGGGGACACCCCGCUUUCCCCCCCCCCUACUUGGGGGGCCGGUAAACCAUUUUUCUGCUCUUCAGCACGGACCAUUUGUGGCGCUUCAUGUAGAAGAUGAGGGGGACGAGGAGCCCCGAGAUCAGCAG